CCGCCGGUCCUCCACCUUCCCAGCAGCCCUUGCGCUCCCGCGGCAAAGAUGGCGGCGCUGAGCGGUGGCGGAGCGCCAUGGCGGCGGGGCUGGCUGCCCGCCCUGCACUUCGUCCGCCGCGGCUCCAAAGCGGUCACCCGGCACUGGAAGGCCAUGCACUUCCAGCGGCAGAAGCUGAUGGCCGUGACCGAGUACCUGGCCCCGCGGCCGGCCGUCCCGCCGCGCUGCCUCACCCCCAGGGAGCAGAAGGUGGAGGAGGACAACGGCUACGCCCGGCUGCUGCGGCGGCAGGUGGAGGAGGUUUUUCGGGACAAUCGGAUGAUCGCCAUCUGCCAGUACAACUCCAUGCCCGGCGAGGACGUGGUGCUGAUGAGGCAUUACCUCCGAAAGCACAACAUCGAGGUCAAGUUCGUCCUAAAUGAGAUUGUCAGACCCGUGCUGUCGCAGUCCAAGUACAAGAAUCUCCUCCCUCUCUUUGUGGCGCGCAAUAUCCUGCUGGUGAGCCCGGAACUGAAGGCGAAGGAGAUGCUGCGGGUGCUGAAGGGGGUGCCCCAGAUCAACCUCCUGGGCGCCUGCAUCGACGACACCAUCCUGAGCAGGCAGGGGGUGGAGAACUUUGCCAAGCUGCCCUCGCUGGAGGUCAGCCAGGGGCAGACGGUGGGUGCCCUGGCCCUCCUGCCCUCCCAGACCUCCUCCCUGCUGCAGCGCGGCCCCGCACACCUCACGGCUCUGCUGGACGAGCACAUCCGACGCCUGCAGGCCGGGGAGACGGGGAGCCCUCCCGGGACCACCCCACCCCAGAGCUCAGGGGGUCACUGACGCCGGGAGUCGGCUCCUUCACCGUGGUCGGGAAGGAGGGGCCAAGGACUGUAGAUUUGGCCCCCGGGGGGGCAGCCAGCAGUGGGACUGAGGGUCCUGCAGCACCACCGGCGUGUUGGAGGGGCUCUGGUCCCUCCCUUCGCCCCCCGCUAUCGGCACCUGGGAACGUCCCGUCUGUGUUUUGGGGCUGUGGUUGGGGGUCAGACGGAGGAGGGAGAGGGUGGUGGGGACCUGUGAUGGUGCUGGAGGUGGGGGGCGUGGAGAUCUCCGAGCCCCCCCUGCCCACCGGAAUGGGGGGAACGUGCUGUAACGCUGACGGAGCCGUGUCACCAUCCUGUCCAUUAAAGCGUGGUGAUGGAGAUA